UUUGGAGUCCUUCUUUGGGAGAUCAUGACAAUGGGCAACCUUCCGUAUGAGGGGAUGAAGGGCAAAAGGGUGAUGGACAUGAUCAAAGAUGGCGGCCGGUUGGAGAAGCCAAGCAGCUGCCCGGACGAAAUAUACACCCUGAUGACCAGUUGCUGGGAGACCCUCCCGGACGACAGGCCGACUUUUCCUGAACUGAGAUCAAGCCUCAUCAAAAUUAUGCAAGGCUUCAAGACAUACGCGUCACUUCUGAAGUAGAGCAAGAGGAAUUGUGACAUUUCUACACUACGUUCGAUGUAGCUGCACAAAGUGACGAUGACAUAUGGUGUCCUGUUUUCAACCGUUUGGUAAUUUCUCAUGUAUAGUGGCCGCGUGAAUAUCAACUUUCCUAGAAAAUUCCCCAGCAUUCUGGUACGAAAAAAAAAUAAAAAGAAGGCACUAAAAAUAACAUUUUUUUGUCUUAAGAUUUUUAAUUUGAUACACGUGACUAUAACAAUAUGUAUAUAAGAUCACUCUAUAAGAAAUACGAAUGUUACAGUUUUCUAAAAUUAGCUUUCAAAAUUUGCUAUAGCUCUCUAAUGCUGUAUUAAA